GAGAGAAGAGAAAGAGAGAGAGAGAGAGAGAGAGAGAGAGAGAGAGAAGAGAGAGAGAGAGAGAGAAACAAGAAAGAAAGAAAAAAAGAGAGAAGGAGAGAGCAAAAAAUAAAAAAUAAAACACGAGACAAGAUCCCAUCUGUGAGCCUACACAUCCCUCCCCCUCCCUCCCUUCCCUAUCUCUAUCCCCUACCCUCUAAAGAAAAAAAUAAAUAAAAGAAAAUAAAUGAGAAGCAGGAGAAGAAAAUAACAGCUUGCGGUGUAACUGAGAAUAUCUUAUUGGCGAGCUGAGUGUAUGUGUUGCGUGUGAGAGGCGUAGAGGGGGAGGCGCCAAGAGACCGAGAUUCAGAAGCACUCUGUACCUCCGUCAGGUAGGUGUUGCUGAGCUGUAUUUUUUUUAUGUGUGUGUUUGUCUGUGUUUUAAACUCUCUGAAGACAUAUAAAUAGAGCACAGACAUGCCAAAUCAAGUAGCGUCAGCACGGGGAAUUCCCUUGCUCUGGCUGACAGUUGGGCUGACAGUAUUACGUCAGGUGAACAGCGGGGUUUUAAACACUACGCACAGAGACGGCAGGUUCAUCUUCACCGUGAUACAGUUCGCCAACACCCUGUGCGGGACGGGACUCAACUCUGGCACUUGCUACACGUCGACACAGUGUGACAAAUACGGUGGCACUGAGAUUGGCACUUGCGCUAGGGGAUAUGGCACUUGCUGCGGAGUCUCCCUCGCCGGGUGCGGGGGCGACAUCCGCAUCAACAACACGUGGGUCUAUUCGCUCGACUACCCGAACACGUACAACGACGACCUGGUCUGUUCGUACAGGGUCUACUUCGACGACACGCCCGGCAAGAUAUGUCAGAUCCGGUACGACUUCGCGGCGCACGACCUGGUGGCGCCUAAUAUUGAUGGUGUUUGCCAGAACGACAGACUGAUAUUUCGAGAAGACACAAAAUCCACGUAUUUUUGCGGAAAAGCGCCCGAGAAUUAUCACUGGUACGUGGACACAGCCGGCACCACCAGCCCCCACACGUUCACCAUCAUCACGGACACCUCCAAUUACUUCCGGCGAUAUGCCAUGAAGGUCUCGUUCAUUCGCUGCAAGGAGAGAGUGCCAUCGAGAUGCGGUCAAUAUUACACCGGCCUCAGUGGAACUAUAAACUCCUACAACUACGACAAUGGAUAUUAUCUCGCCGGUCUAGAUUACGGGAUUUGUUUCCGGAAAGAAUCCGGAUACUGCACGUAUACGCUUAGAAAAACGUCCAACAACCAAUACAUCGACGACAGCGACAUGCUGCGCCUCCCCGUGGGCGGCGGAAUCAAACUGGUCCCGAACCCGAGACUGGCCGGCUCCUCCUUCUUCUGCGGCGUCACCAUGGUCAAGAUGGCCGCCAUGUACUACACCCCGCCGCUCUGCUACUACCCCGAAGCCAUAACGUCAGUGCAAACGCAGGGACCUUUCUUCGUUAACGUGUACACCGCCAUCGACACCGUGGAUAACGUUAACCCCCUGGUGAGAACGCCUCCUCAGGCUGGUUUUGAAUUCGACUGGGAAGCGAAUCAGUGUACCUAAUAAAAUAACAUUAAUCUAUGAUAAAUAUUUGAUAAUAAACACUACAUGGAAGCACUAAACUCGAUCACGCAGACUAUAGAAACACUAAAUACUGUCUAACAAAGCCUAGAAACUCUAAACGCUUAUAAUAAACAAACAAUUUUUUUUUACUACCAAACUACCAAAACACUAAACAUUGUCAAGAAACUCUAACAAAUGUUUAAAUAUUGUUACAUUUCUGAGAUGAAAACGGGAAAGUGUAUAUGAAGGUAAUUUUCCGAAGUGAUGGUGUUUUUUCCUGUAUAUAGAUAAAUUAUAUUAUUUGAGAAUAGAGUAUUUAUAUCUAU